AUGGGAGACAUCAGCGGCGAAGAUCUACCUCCAAAGCGAGUUGCAGUCAUCGGUGCAGGCAUAAGUGGUAUAACGGCAGCAAAGCAUCUCAAGCAUGUUGGAAUAAACGCCGUGGUAUUCGAGCGUUCAAGUCGCAUUGGAGGUAACUGGCUUUACGAUGCUCGGAGACCAGUGGAGCCAACUUAUCCUUCGUUGAAAGCUUCUAUUGCGGAUCCUUGGAUAGCGAAGACUGGAGAUGAGGAAUGUACGAGUGAGGACGAUUUGAAGUUCGCUCCUCCUGGGCCAGCGUAUCCAGAUUUGACGAAUAAUGUGUCAACAAAGUGUCAGUCGUUGAAGGAAUUUCCAUGGCCGAAAAGAACGCCGGAUCAUGUUUCGGUCCACGUGAAACAGAAGUAUAUCCAGGACUAUGCUGAGAAAUUUGGUGUGGUGCCUUUGAUUCGAUUCAACACCAGGGUUGAGAAGCUCGAGAAAGUGGGACAGACUUGGAAAGUGAGAUCGACGACGUUGAUCAAGGACCAAGAUGGACGAGGGAGGAGGAAGGAAAGUGUUGAGGAAUUCGAUAAUGUGGUUGUUGCUUCGGGACAUUAUCAUGCUUCCAAGAUCCCAGAUAUCCCAGGUCUGAAAGAAUGGAAAGCAGCUUGGCCGGACCGAGUCGAGCAUUCGAAGAGAUAUCGAGGCCCGCAAGAUUAUAGAGAUCAGACUGUACUUUUGAUUGGCGGAGGUGUCUCUUCUGCUGACAUUGGACGAGAAUGCUCAGGCGUUGCCAAGAAAAUUUACCAAUCUAGUCGAGGUGGAACUUUCGACCUCCCAGAAUCCUUUAUAUCACCAGAAACCGAGCGAAUUACCGGGAUCAACUCUUUCUCCCCACCAUCCUCUGACUCCAAGAAUGCUCCUGGGACGGUGACUCUCAUAGACGGUCGAAUACUAAGCGACAUCGACCGUGUUAUCGUUUGCACAGGCUACCUAUUCUCACUCCCUUUCUUACCAGAGCUACACAACGACGACCUCUCGGCAGAAGAAGCAAACGAAACCGUACUCGUGACAGACGGUCUCCAGCUGCACAAUCUCCACAAGGAUAUCUUCUACAUCCCCGACCCCACAUUAUCAUUCAUCGGUGUCCCGGCCUACACCGCCACGUUCACUUUCUUCGAAUUCCAAGCUAUAGCCGUAUCUGCUGUCAUCUCAUCUCAUGCAUUCCUCCCCUCUGAAGAAGAAAUGAGGAAAGAGUACGAAGAGAGAGUCAAAGCGAAAGGCUAUGGGAGAGCGUUUCAUUCGCUGAUUAGAGGACAGGAUGAACUGUAUGUGGAAGAGCUGGUGGGUUGGUUGAAUAGAGAUGCCGAAAAGACGGGAGGUGAGAAGUUUGAGCCGUAUGACGACGCUUGGAAAGAGGAGAAGAAGCAGUUUUUUGAGAAGUAUAGGGCGUUGCUUGAGAGUAGCGGAAAGGUGGAGAAAGCGAGUGGAUUUGGUGUUGAGACGGAGUUGGAGAAAGCUUUUAGAGGAGUGAAUAUCGGUAAGAUCGAGGUCGAGAAUUGAGAGGAUUUCCAUUUUCUUGGAGCAGCUAUACUGAUCUCUAUCGGAG